ACUCCAAUGCACAUUUGUGGGCAUGACCUUCUUUUGGUUUUCUUGCCUUUAACUAACAUUGGUUGAUGAUGUUAAAACAUGAUUGCAAAAUAGGUGCCUUGGCUUCAUCAAGGUGAGUGACAGAUAUAACAAUUGUUGUGCUGCCAAGGACAUAAAAUUGCUUUGAAAGUGUUAAGACUCCCCUGAUCUUAAAAAAAAAAAAAAAAAAAAUGGAUGGCUCAUUGGCCACAAACACUGAAGUCGGCAUCCGCCAUCUUGAUUCUCCCAAAACAAGCAUGCCGGCCUGUGUAGCGACAGCGAUUAACUGCGUUCAUCAUCAGUUUCGUGGGUGUGAGAAAACAUUCCACAGAUUUGUUUGAUAGCAACAAUUAUGACAAAACAAGUUGACGACUUUGCAUAAUGAGAUGCUGAAGCAGAAGAACCUGGAUGCUCUCCAAAGCGGAACAAAGAAGGAGGAGUGGAAAAAAAAAAAACCCCAACGAAAAAAUGCGCCAGAUUCCUGGUGACGAGAUUUGUUUCCAGUGACGCACCCUUUAUAAAAGCCACGGACGGGGCAACUUGACUGUACACUGCCGCCGCGGAUUUACACAUCUUAGAGAGCUCCUUCGUUUCAGGUUUGAGAUGUUUUUGCGUGCGUGCGUGCUGCUCGCAGUGCUUUGCCUGCAGUGGCAGCUGAAUGCUCAACAUCUGAGCAGGAGCACCAUCGAAAAGGCAGUUCAAGAAGCUAUUAGUAGAGUUGACUCUGCUUACGAAUAUUCAAGACAAGAAUGCCUCAACCGCAUUCGACGCAACGGAGCCAGAGCCGAGGAUGUGUUGCGCUUUCUCAAGCACCCGACGGGAGUUACCCGCGAGGUGGCCCGAUCGGCCGACUAUAUGGACACCGCGCUGAAUAUCAUCAAAAGGUCGGCAGAAAGACGUCAAAGGCGUUCCAUCAACGCCACAGAUCUGCUGUCCGAGGAAGAUCUGGAGUUCAUUUCGGAACUGACGGGCUGCUCGCCUCGACAGCGCGUCCCCUCGUGCAAGACGACCCCCAACCUUAACGUCUUUCGCACUGCAAGCGGCGUUUGCAACAACGAGCACAAUCCUCGAUGGGGAGCCUCAAACACACCGUUCGCGCGCUGGCUUCCUGCCGAAUACCAGGACGGUAUCUCGCUGCCCCGAGGGUGGGACCCCAUCAGAAUCAAUGGUUUCUUUCUCCCUUUGGUCAGAGAUGUGUCCAACCGCCUCCUCGCCACAGCCAUCAAUGAGGUAGUGAACGACAACGUCUACUCUCACCUGCUGCCCGUCUUUGGACAAUGGACGGACCACGACCAGACCUUAGCGCCGAUAACCCCGGUCAUCCGAUCGUUCAGCAAUGGUAUCGACUGCGAUGAGACGUGCGAGCGGACCGAGCCUUGCUUCCCCAUCCUGAUUCCCAAGGACGACCCACGUUUCGGCACCCAAGAGUGCAUCCCCUUCUUUCGGUCGACGGCGACUUGCGGAUCUGGCAACACGGGCUUCAUCUUCGGCGCUGCAACCGUGCGACAGCAGCUGAACGCCCUCACGGCUUUCCUCGAUGCGAGUCAGGUGUACGGCUCCGAGGAAGAAGAAGCGCUAGAACUCCGUGACCUGACCACAGACGAGGGCUUGUUGAGGGUCAAUGAACAGUUCACCGACAAAGGCCGAGAACUCCUGCCUUUCACUAAGGCCAUGGCCAACAUAUGCGCGACCCGAGCUCGUAUCACGAACGACAAAAACGCAGAAGAAGUGCUCUGCUUUUUUGCAGGUGACGAACGCUCCACUGAGAACAUUCUUCUGACCUCGCUGCACACAUUGUUCUUACGUGAGCACAACCGUCUUGCUCGAGCCCUGGCCAAGCUGAAUCCGGAGUGGAACGGAGAGAGAAUCUACCAGGAAACCCGCAAGAUCGUGGGCGGAUAUCUCCAGGUUAUUACGUUCCGAGACUAUCUUGGCGCCAUAGUUGGUCCGGAGGUGGUAGCCAAGAAGCUCUCCACUUACCCCGGCUAUGAUAAAUUCAUAGACCCGUCUAUCGCCAACGUGUUCGGAACAGCCGCCUAUCGCUACGGCCACUCAAUGAUUCAACCGUUUGCUUUCCGUCUUAAUGCGGCCUACGAGGACCACCCGUUGUACCCCUCUCCGUUGCUGCACACAGCCUUGAACACACCGUGGAGGGUCGUCUUUGAAGGUGGCAUCGACCCGAUCCUGAGAGGCCUCGUGGGUCGGCCGGCGAAGUUGAACGUUCAAGAUGCCAUCAUGACCGACGAGCUGAGAGAUAUGCUGUUCAAAUUCUCUUUCGAGAUGGCCCUGGAUCUGGGGUCUCUCAACAUGCAGCGGGCGCGCGAACACGGCAUCCCCGGAUACAACCAGUGGCGCAAGUUCUGCGGGUUGUCGCAACCGCAAAACGAGGAGGAGCUGGCUGACGUGCUGAAAAAUAAGGACUUGGCCAGGAGGUUUCUGGAUCUGUACGGCACGCCCGAGAACAUCGACGUAUUCAUGGGAGGAAUUGCCGAGCCCCUGGUGAAAGGAGGAAGAGUUGGGGAAUUGUUUGCCUGCCUGAUUGGAAUCCAGUUCAGCAACAUUAGAGCGGGAGACCGAUUUUGGUGGGAAAACGAAGGAGUCUUCACCAAGUCCCAGAGGGCCUCCCUGAUGACGACCUCCUUAUCCCGCAUUAUCUGCGACAACACCGGCAUCACCGAAAUUCCAGACAAACCUUUCCUGUUCCGUCCACGGGGCAACGGUUACGCCGAUUGCAGGGACAUCCCCGAGUUUGACCUCACUCCGUGGACGGACACCCCAUAUGGAUUUUAUGACCCCAUGACCCCCACAGCCAAGCCCACCCAAGCUCCCUGGUCAGGAUGGCAACCAUGGCAAGGCAUGUCACGUCCAUACGCUGGACCCCCUGGACCCCCUGGACCUGCCGGACCGCCUGGACCUCCAGGUUCCUACGGCUCCACUAACCAGAAAGUGGCCUUCUCAGUACGACUGAGCGAUAACUUCCCCAGACCCGGCGUUCCCAUCCCCUUCCGCGACAUCAUCUACAACGGGCAGAGGAGCUACGACACCGAGACGGGCGUGUUCACGUGCACGUAUCCGGGGGUGUACGAAUUCCAGUUCUACUGCACCAUCUACGAGCGCUCCGCCAGCGUGGACCUGAUGCGAAACGGAGAGAUGGUUUUGCACUCGUUCACCACCCGGCAGGAAGGUUACAUCUCGGCCAGCGGGAGCACUUACAUCAAGCUGGCGCGGGGGGACAGGAUAUGGCUCGUGGCUAACUACGGUGGCAAUGGCAUGACCAAAGACAGCUACUUCUCUGGGCAUAUGCUCUUCACCGAGGAGUGAAGCUGAUAUUUAAAAAAAAAAAAAAAAAAAAACUGAAACAAAACAAAGCGUGACCACGCGCAAGGGAUCAAUUUAAUCCAUCGGUUUCUUUUAUGAAUUUGCUGUAAAAGGCCUUUUUAAAGAAAACUUAAAAAAUAAUGGCAGUGGAUCUGAUACCCAUUCGAUCAUGUAUAAAACAAAAUUCUAAAAACGUUGCAUUGCCCCUUUAUUAUUUUAUUUUAUUUUUUUUUUUCCAUCCGGCGAGUGCACAAAUGUUGCUCGCACUUGCGCUCGUGUGAUAUUCUCCGACUUUGAAAAUAAAUAUUUCUCUUUUUAAAUAUCCCUUCCUCAUUCCUCUCCCUGCAAGAUGUCUGCCGGAGCAUCUGAAGUAGCAGCAAAUUUUUUUUCAGAUUUAUAAUCGAAAGUGAAUGCAUGUUGGUGAAUCUGCAAAUAAAAGAUGAUAAAUCGUACUGAGAUUAAGGAAGAUAACGGAAAUUAUUAUUUUGUGUGUGUGUGUGGGGGGGGGGGCGAAUUGGCUGACUGAUGAGUCAAACACCAAAGGUGUUGCAUCAUGUGUAGAAAAAAAAAAAAAAAAUGAAAGUACCAACACGUAUGCGCACGCACACGGCAAAAAAAAAAAACUAGUGCAAUUUUGCAUCUGCGAUCAAAAACAUGAUUAUUAUAAAUAUCAUUAUUGCUCGGCACGGUGGAUCAGGUGGUAAAACCGUCUGCUUCACAGUUCUGAGGACCCAGGUUCGAUCCUGGCCCCGCCUGUGUGGAGUUUGAUUGUUAUCCCCGUGGCUGUUUGGGUUUCCUCCGGGCAAUCCGGUUUCCUCCCACAUCCCAGAAACAUGCAACAUUAAUUGGACACUCUAAAUUGCCCGUAGGUGCGAUUGUGAGUGUGGCUGUUUGUCUCGAUGUGCCCUGUGAUUGGCUGGUGACCAGUUCAGGGUAUACCCUGCCUCCUGCCCGUUGACAGAUGGGAUAGGCUCCAGCGCUCCCUGCAACCCUCGUGAGGAUAAGCGUCAAAUAAAAUAGAUGGAUGGGCCCUGUAA